AUGUUUAUUGCUGCGCUUGCCGUCCUUGUGUGCACCAUCUACGCUCAAUACCCUCCACCACCUCCUUAUCCCCCAAAACCAAGCCCGCCAUACGAUGGAAACUCAGCAGCGUCAAUGUCAGCUAGUAGUUUUUCGUCAAGCUACUACCCUAAACCACCGUAUGGACCUACUUAUUACCCUGAAUAUUCGCCUGUCCAUGAUUAUGUAGAAGAGUACUGCGACUAUUGCCCUCGAGUCAAGUUGUCAUGCAAGAAUUCGGAGGGAUGUUUCAAGCCUAAAGUCAAUUAUCUAAAGCAUCGUUGCAAGGCCAUUGUUACAUGCGAUUCGUUGGAUCAUGAUGAGGAUGUCGUAAAGUUGGUGACCAAUAAAGAAAACGUUCUCAGUGAAGGUCUGGGAAUCAGCAAAUUGAUCCAAUGCAGGCAUGGAAGGUGGACUGCUAAGGAUAUCCAUGAUGAUCUUGUCAGAUUCAGAGGUCUUAGCUGCCUCACGGCUUUUGUGACGGAGUAA